GCUGAUCAGCAAUUGACAUCUUUGCCUGUUUAUGCCUUUCUAACCAACAAUCGUCAAACAAUUUUCAAAAUGAAACAUCGGUUGACUUUCUGUUAUACGCUUAUUUUAGGAUCACAACUCGUCGCGUGUUUUUGGCCUCCUCCAGUAGAUAUAGAUUUGAAACAGGAGGAAGUAUUCGAACUCUCUGACCCUAUAAGAGAUGAAGAAAUCCAAGACGUUUAUGACGAAGAAGAGAUGAUUCAAGAUAAGCAUAGAAAAGCUCUAGGAGUGAAACCUUAUUCGGAUCAUCUAUAUGUUUUUCAUAGAAACCUAAAGCGCGAAAAGGCGGUGAAGACAGAAUCAGUGGAAAUAAAGCAAAGUAGAAAGUUUCCCGAGUCAAAUCCAGAUGCAGAAGAAUCGAUUCCCUGGAAGGCUGGAUUUCUCGAUGAGAAAGGCGAGCUUUCCGAAGACAUUUAUUACGUGGACGACGAACGUCUAAAAGAAUCCAAAAAACACAAGAGAGCAGACGACGAAACGACAGAAGUCAGCUAUGAUUACGCCCAAAUGAAGGCCAAAUACAACGAACUUGUUGAAGAGACUGCGCGAUCAAAUGAAACGUUGAACUAUACAGAAAUCAAAGAGGAUGAAACUCCAAAAGAAGCUGUAGGGGCGGUGUUAGACAUGAAAGUACCCAAAAAUUGUACCGAGCAAGAAAAAAGUGGGAUAGGGUUGCAGGCUAUUGAAUGUUUGCUUGAUGAUUUGAAUAAACCAAAGAUGAGAAAUCAUACUUUAGGCACGUACAUAAACUGUUUUGGAAUAACACGCUUACUAUGAUUUGUUUAGUGACC